GGCGGCGGCCGGGGGCGGCGGCGGCGGCGCGGAUGCCCGGCCCGGUCCAUCCAGGAGGCGGCAGGGACAGUAGCCAGGGGGUCUCAGAGCUCACCCGCGGGCUGGGGGGAGCUGAGAGCGGCAGAACAGCCCCUGAAACACGACCCAGACCCAGCGCCGUCCGCCGUGUAUGAGGCUGGGACACAGUACGCAGGACCCGCGUCCACAGAGUCACUCCUUCCGAUGUCCCGGCAUGAGACCUCUCCGAGCACGGUGCAACCCGCCAGCAACCACCGCCCCAACGCCUGCUGCUUCUGCUGGUGCUGCUGCUGCAGCUGCUCCUGGAACGAGGACCGAGAGCGAGCAUGGAGGGCAUCCCGGGAGACCAAACUGGAGAGCAUCCCAAACUGUGAAGCGUGCGCCAAACCCACGCCGGAGGAGGUGCAGGGCUGGGCACAGUCCUUUGACAAGCUGAUGAAGAGCCCGGCGGGGCGCAACGUCUUCCGGGAGUUUUUGCGGACUGAGUACAGCGAGGAGAACAUGCUCUUCUGGCUGGCGUGUGAGGAGCUCAAAACCGAGUGCAACAAGCACACCAUCGACGAGAAGGCCAGGAUGAUCUACGAGGAUUACAUCUCCAUCCUCUCUCCCAAGGAGGUGAGCCUGGACUCGCGGGUGAGGGAGGUCAUCAACCGGAAGAUGCAGGAGCCGUCCUCGCACACCUUCGACGACGCACAGCUCCAGAUCUACACGCUGAUGCACAGAGACUCCUAUCCCCGCUUCCUGAACUCUGCCAUUUACAAAUCGCUGCUCCAGACCGUCUCCCACUCCUCCUCGGAGUCCUAAGGGCACCCACGAGCCGUGGGGACAGCAGUGGGGACAUGGUGGCCAGGGGCGGUCGGUGCCUCCUCCCCUCUGCCGCCCUCCUUGCCAGACCUCACCGUUUUUAGCUUUUUACCUAUGAACUGUCACCCCGGUGUCUGGGCCACACUGCAGGACUGUCCCCAGGACACAGCCUGGGCCAGUCCAUACUACUGAUUCUCUGCCCUGUCCCCAGUGCUGGCCAGAGCGAGCUGGGGGAGCACAGGACAGCGCCAGGGCCUGGCUCCCCCCACACCCUGUUUGGAAGAGGUCACUUUAUCCCAUCUCCACA